AAAAUUUAGUUGAAAUUGAUUGUAUGAAUUUUCUCAUUCCUUUCUCUUUUGAGUAUACACCACUGAAUAUCUUCACCGUUAUCCUCAACCUUCAACUCACUUCCAUUUGCAGUUUCUUCAUGGUUUGAUCAAAGCUCAACCCAACCAACAAUGGCCAUCACUUCACUUUCUUCCCUACAAUCCACCAAUGUCUCUUCCACACCUUCCAUCUCCCCUCUUUCCAUAUCUUCUCCUUCUUCUUCUUCUCCUUCUUCUUCUUCUACCUCUCUUUCUCUCCAACUAUCCUCAUUUCGUCCUACUCGCCUUCGCUCCUCCUCUGUCUUUACCCACCCCCAUUUGACUCGAACCCCUAAAUUGAAGGGCCUGAAGGUGAAUUGUGCAGCUGCGGAGCCGUUGAAGGUGAUGAUAUCGGGUGCGCCAGCCUCCGGUAAAGGAACUCAGUGUGAGUUGAUAGUUCAGAAGUUUGGCCUCGUGCACAUAUCAACUGGUGAUAUAUUAAGAGCAGAAAUUUCAGCUGGGUCAGAAAUUGGAAACAAAGCGAAAGAGUUCAUGAAUUCUGGACGGCUUGUUCCUGAUGAAAUUGUGACUACUAUGGUGACAACACGGUUAUCAGGCAAGGAUGCAACAGAAAAGGGAUGGCUUUUAGAUGGAUAUCCGCGGACCCUUUUGCAAGCGGAAAGUUUGCAGAAGUUGCAAAUCAGACCAGAUAUUUAUCUUAUUUUGGACGUUCCUGACGAAAUUCUAAUCGACAGAUGCAUUGGUCGAAGGCUUGACCCAGAGACAGGGAAGAUUUACCAUCUGAAAUAUUUCCCCCCAGAAACGGAGGAAAUUAAAGGGAGACUUGUCGUUCGACCUGAUGACACUGAGGAAAAGGUAAAGCAGCGUUUGGAAAUUUAUAAGCGUAAUGCAGAAGCGAUAGCACCAGUGUACUUAAAUAUUGCAAAGAAGAUUGAUGGAAGCCGUCCUAAAGAAGAAAUUUUUGAAGAAUUAUCAUCAUUGUUAUCACAGAUACAAAAAGAAAAGGCUAUGAAGUCAGGUAAAUCAACCCUCGGAAUCAAGAGUACUUCAACUCAGGAUAGCUGGAGAGGGAUACCAACUAGAUUGAAUAACAUUCCUCACUCGAGAGAAAUCAGGAAAUACUUCUACGAUGAUGUGCUUCAAGCUACCAAGCGUGCUGUACAAGCCGGUAGAACUAGAUUAAAGGUGGAGAAUAAUAUUCCUGAGCUUAAUCCUGAAAUGGAUGUUUAUCGAAUAGGUACACUUAUGGAACUUGUUCGGACCAUUGCUCUUUCAUUUGCUGAUGAUGGAAGACGUGUAAAGGUAUGCAUACAAGGGUCCAUGGGGGAAGGUGCACUUUCUGGAAUGCCACUGCAGCUUGCUGGGACUCGGAGAAUCUUAGAAUACAUGGACUGGGGAGAGUAUGGGGCUCUGGGGACCUUUGUCAAGAUUGGUUCAAUUGGUGCAAAAGAAGUUGACGAUGAAGAUGACAUGUUCAUCUUAGUAGCUCCUCAGAAUGCUGUUGGAAAUUGUAUCAUAGAUGAUAUGAAAGCGAUGACAGAUGCAGCAGGUGACCGACCUGUAAUUCUUGUAAAUCCCAGGCUCAAGGACUUACCUGGUUCGAGUGGAAUAAUGCAAACAAUGGGGCGUGAGAAAAGGCUGGAGUAUGCAGCAUCGUUUGAAAUCUGCUACUUCUUCCGGCUUCUCUAUUAUGCAGGGACACAGUAUCCAAUCAUGGGGGCUCUGAGGAUGUCUUAUCCAUAUGGGUACGAACUCUACAGAAGGGUGGAUGAACCUUCAGGAAAGGAAAAAUAUAUUGAACUAUCCAAGUAUCCCAAAAGGCCAUCCACAGAUGAUAUCAAUGAUGCUUUUCAAGGAAACAAAAGAAAAGAAGCGAAGAGCUCGUCAGGAAUCUGGGGCUUCCUGAGUGGGAUUCUUUGAGCUCAUGAUGAACGGUUAAGCAAUUGGAGAUGGGAGAUAAAAUGAAAGCAAGAUAAAUUUGAAGGUACAAUCAUGUACAUAAAAGAAAGCAAAUUCUGUAUUUAUACAUUGAAAUUUGUCGGAAGAAACAAAGCACAAGGUACAAACAACUUCAAAUUC